AAAAUCGCCACAGACUACCGCUGUAAAGGCAUGCCCUUAUCCAGCUUCCUGCUGAAGCCCAUGCAGAGGAUCACACGCUACCCUCUGCACAUCAAGAACAUCCUGGAGAGUACCCAGGAGGAGCAUGCUGACUGCGGGCCCCUGAGAGAGGCCCUGGAGCGGGCUGAGGAGCUGUGUACUCAGGUCAACGAGGGGGUCAGGGAGAAGGAGAACUGUGACAGGCUCGAGUGGAUACAGUCACACGUACAGUGUGAGGGAGUCACAGAGAACUUGGUGUUUAAUUCUCGUCUUAACUGCCUGGGCCUCGUAACGUGCUGGCACAGUGGGAAGGUGUAUAAGGUGAAGAGCAAUAAGGAGCUGUGGGCUUUCCUUUUAACGACUUCCUGUUGCUCACCCACGCUGCCAGAGCAGUUCACGCUCCUACGGACAGACAACUCUCACAGCAAGAACAGCACACAGCUUAAGAGUUACAAGCCGGGAUACUUCAACGGUGACUAUCUCUUUACCCAGAUACUUCAACGUGACUACAUUCUUUACCCAGGAUACUUCAACGGUACUAUCAGUUCUUUACCCCAGGACUACUUCCAACGGCUUAUGAAGCGUGUGUUUAAUGUCAUGGUUUAUGAGAGGCUUAUGAAGCGUGUGUGUCCUCCUGUAGCCGUGUUCCUCAACGAGAUUCUAGUGAAGCUGCCUGACUCUCCAAAGAAGAGAGCAAAGGCCUACCAAGCUCGUUCUCUGAAGGCCAGUGGAAUCGGCCGUCUGUUAGUCACCGUCCUGGAGGCCACUGAACUGAAGUCCUGCAAACCCAACGGUAAGAGUAACCCUUACUGUGAGGUGACCAUGGGAGGUCAGAACUACACCUCCAAGACUCUGAGUGACACAGUCAACCCCAAGUGGAACUUUAACUGUCAGUUCAACAUCAGAGACCUGUACCAGGAAGUGCUCUGUAUCACCAUCUUCCAGAGGGACCAGUUCUCCCCUGACGACAUCCUGGGUCGUACGGAGGUUCCCGUGGCAACCAUAAAGGAGUUGGAGAACAAGGGGCUGGUGAUGCGCCGCUUGCUACUCCACGAGGUCCCCACUGGAGAGGUGUGUGUCCGCCUCGACCUGCAGCUCUUCCAAAACAGUGCAUCCAAAUAAGGACAUCCUGGCCAACACUGGAAGCCCAAAUAAGGACAUCUUGACCUGCAGCCACCUGGGGAUGGGAGGGACUUGUUAUAAAUUGUAUCUAAUUGCUGGUCUAGGGUCAGAUACUUAUUAAUCCUGUUAAUGAUUAAGGUUGGGAUCUGGGGUUGGGCCAGGGCUAACUUUUACCUGGAGCUGCAAUGGGAAACACUGAUGAGGUGAUGGGAACCCUCCCUCCUCGUCUGAGGUCAGACCGUCCUUAGCAAUGAUCUGAGGACAGUUUAGUCUUUUAGGACAGUUUACUGGUAUACUGGUGGUGAGCAGGGUUGGGUUAGUGUAAAGCUGAUCCUAGAUCUGCGUUUAGGAGCAGCUUCUAACAGUAGUGGUUCUACUUGUACCAGCACUAACACUGAUGGCCUGCCUAUGCUCUCCUCUGCUACAGACCGGCUCUCAUUCUGCCAAGUUUUGCUUUUGUGAACUCAACCCAGGCCAAUGUUGGAUGAAACUAUUUAUUUAGUGAAGGAUCGUCUUAACUCUAUAUUUGUUCAAGCUAAGAUGUUGUUUGGGAAGGUAAAAUACUAGGUCAAAUGGGGAGAGACGUUAGGAAAGUGUGGUGUUUCCUGCCAUGGAUGGGUCCUCACGUCCAGCGAUAAACUCAGGACUUCCCUGCUGGGCGUUUAUAGUACUGCAUCGUAACCAGCUGCUUUUCUUUUAUCUCAAUCUGUUUUCUCUUUUAACUGCAGGAACAUCUGCAGAGGAUCUUUAGGAUACUGUGGUGGCAUAGAUCUCCUGAUUAACGCUAGUUUUAAAACCAACUCUCUUUCUUUGCAGUAUAAAUGUUCUGCCGACCUUAAGGAGAUCUUGUUCUUUAGUGGCGGUGUUGUUGCCUCAGAAAUACUGUAAAAGGAAAAUGCGUCUUUAGUUGAUUCCAAUCCUGGGCCCAUAUUCAUAAAGAGGUUCAGAGUAGGAGUGCAGGAACAUGUGCGAUCCGUUUCGCUUUUUAGAUCAUAGUGAAUAAGAUGAUAUGGACAGAGGGGACCUGAUCCUAGAUCCUAGCCUGGUCCCAGAUCUGUUUGGGCUUUUGCCUACUCCGAUGUCAUUGUCAAGUCAGACUUCAUGUUCUGCAUGACGAUUCCAUAAGGAGUUGGUCAGAGAGCAGUAACAGACUGGCACCCAGGCUAGAUCCACACUGCUACUCUGACACUCAGUGAAUAUGGACCCAGAACCCUCCAGUGGCUCUAUAACCACUAGCUCCACCCAGGGGUGUGGUCACAGAACCCUCCAGUGGCUCUAUAACCACUAGCUCCACCCAGGUGUGGUCACAGAACCCCCAGUGCUCUAUAACCACUAGCUCCACCCAGGGGUGUUGACUAUAACUAUGCAGAUGUUUUAAUCAGCCUUUCAUCACAGCAUUGUAAUCAGGUGCUUGAAUAAUCUCUUAGUAGCCUUUCAUAUUUACCACAUUGAACAGAGAAAGGAUCCUGAGAAUAGUCUUUGAAGGAUAAGACUCCAUUCAACUAUAUAUGUGAAAUCAUUUAUUUUUAAUAAUAAUCAUUAAAAAUGUGUAAGACAGAAUGGACAUGUAUUUAGCUGACUACAUUAUGCUGAUAUACCAGAGAUUUUCUAAAUCAUUGUUUUAAUUUAAGCUGCACAAGUCUUCUAUUGGGCUGUUAUUCAUUGGAGUUGAACUGUAGUCCUGUGAUGUCAGUAACUCUAUGUAUGAUUUACUGUUCUAACAAGAGUGCAUCCUACAUUACUGCCUGAUAUGCAGUGUGUUCACAAUGGCACAGCACUCACUGAUUCUGGUUCUAUCAGGAUAAUAAAAGGUGUUUAAAACAAA